AUGGUACGAAAGAAUUUGCAGCAAGAAAGCAUAGAAAUUUCAAAGAGCUCGUGUGAUGCUGCCAUUGAAGCACUGAAGAGGCUUCUAAGCGAGGAUCCAGAUGAAUAUAAAAAACUUGCAAAAGGCCAGCACCCCAAGUUUCUGGUGUUUGCAUGCUCGGACUCUCGAGUUUGCCCGUCUCAUGUCCUCAACUUCAAGCCAUGAGAAGCCUUCAUGGUCAGGAACAUUCCUAAUAGUAGUCUUGCAUUCUAUAUAUUUUUGUGUGCUUCAUAGGUGAGAUACUCAGGAGUUGGUGCUGCCACUCACAUCUUUAAGGUGAAUACACAUUUGAGCAGAGACUUCAUUGAUGACUGGGUCAAAAUCGGUUUACCCGCCAAGGCCAAGGUGAAAUCAGAGUGGGGAGAUAAAUCAUUUGAGCAGCAUUGUCAAUACUGUGAAAAGGAGUCAGGGAAUUCAUCGCUGGUAAACCUGCUAAGUGAUCCAUAUGCGCGAGCAGCUGUGGCUGAAAGGGAUCUGAAAUUGGUGGGUGGUUACUACAAUUUCGUCCAUGGAACUUUUGGCCUUUGGGAGGUUGAUGUUGAUAUUGAUAUUGUGUGUGUAAAUAUAAAUAAGUGGCAAAAAAAAUAA